AUCAAUAGAGGGCGUUAUCAGUUUAUUGAUAUUUUUCUCACUGUAAAUCCUAAAUAAAUGUAGAGUACUGUACAGAAAUUUUUAAAAAGCACAGUAGGCCUAGAUAUGUUUUCUUCAAAAUGAAUUUGUAGAGAGUCAAUGGUUUUAAUAUUCAUAAGACAUUGCUCAGUGAUUAUUGGAUGUAUAUGAAAUGGCCAACAGCAGGUUUGAAUAUGUGCGGCAGUUUGAGAAAGAGGAUGCUUGUCUUCCUAACUGCUGGAUUGUGGUACGCAUUGAUGGAAGAGGUUUUCACAAGUUUUCAGAUGAGCAUAAGUUUGAAAAACCUAAUGAUGAGGGCGCCCUUCUACUAAUGAACAAAUGUGCAGAAUGUGUAAUGAACGAAUUCAAAGACAUUGUUAUAGCUUAUGGUGUCAGUGAUGAAUACAGCUUUGUUUUCAGGAAGCAAACAACACAAUUUAGUCGAAGGGCAAGCAAAUUAAUGUCCAAUUUGGUAUCGUUGUUCGCAUCCUGCUACGUGUUCCAUUGGAAGGAAUACAUCAACCAGGACGUACCACUCAAGUACCCUCCAGCAUUCGAUGCCAGGGCUGUCUUGUAUCCUAGCAACCAGAAUCUCAGGGACUACCUCAGUUGGCGUCAAGCUGAUUGUCAUAUCAACAAUCUCUACAAUACUUGCUUUUGGAAACUUGUUCAGGAAGGUAAUUGCAGUCAUGCAGAAGCAGAGGAAAGGUUAAAGGGAACCCUGUCCAGUGACAAGAACGAGUUGCUGUUCUCACAAUUUCAUGUGAAUUACAAUCAACUAGAAGAGUUCUACAGAAAGGGAACAAUUCUUAUAUGGAAAAAGGUUGAUGAAGAAAUAAUAAAAUUGUGCCGUAGUAAAGACAGUGCAGAAGAAACGGAGAGAACCGUUAUACGAACACGUAGAAAAGUUGUGCAUCUGCAUACAGACUUAAUAGGUGAUGAAUUCUGGCAAGAAAAUCAUGAAAUAUUAGGAAGUUUAAAUUGAUUCUAAAAUCAGUUCAUGAAGAAUUAUUGUUGGAAUCCUGUUUUAUGAAGUAAUCAGGGACACUGGAGCAAUGGAUGACAAUGUUUACUGGUUCAGAAUACAGUAUUAGUAAUGUUGAUGUUUUGUGAAGUAAUCAGGGACACUGGACCAAUGGGUAACCAUGUUUACUGGUUCAUAAUACAGUAUAAAUAAUGUUUGUGUUUUGUGAACUAUUCAGUGACUGGACCAAUGGGUGAAAAUGUGUACUGGCUAAUAAUACAAUAUAAAUAAUGUUGAUGUUUUGUGAACUAUUCAGUGAUACUAGACCAAUGACUUAACUGUUAAUAAUACAGAAAUAUUAAUGUAAAUAACCAGGACACUGGACCAACAGAUAGAUGUCUCAUCAACCCUUUCCCAAAUCACAAGAAGAGCUGAGUAGCUGUUGGCUAACCAGUCAUUGCUAUGGUUUACUAUGCCUAAAUAAAAGUACAGUAAUACUAAUGA